UUUUCUGAAAAAAUACCUACUAAAUUAAAUAGAGAAGUUAGUUUACAACAGAUUUAUUUAUACACCGCACAGUUGAUACAGUCGGCCAAUUUGUUUUGUAAAGACUAAAUAUUUUGACGGAACACUAAAGAAAAGAUACUUAUAGCUACGUGGGUUUCAAUGGCCACGCCAGCUACGCUUAAUUUUAGUUUGCCUUGGAGAAAAAUGCAACCACUGAUGAAGCUAAAAUAAUUGCACAUAUGAUGUAGAUAAAUUAUUAACGAUUAUAUUUUGUAAAUGAAAAGUAACGUCACAAAUGAAAAAAUGCUUACAUGAACUGCAACUAUACUAAUAUGACUCUAACUUACCAGUUAGUGUCCACAUUUCAUCGCUUUAGGUGAUUUUCCAAUAAAAAAUAUUAUUCCAUUGCUGUUUGAGGUAAAGAAAUCCAUUUUUCCACACAAAAUGGAGGGUUAUAAACUUAAUAGAGAUUAUUUGAAUAAAAGUAUUAUCUACUGACUUGAUAUCAUGUUUCGUUUGUACUCUAAUAUAUACGGGGUGGCUUAACAAAGCCUGUCACCUCUAUUGUUAUACUCCUAUCACCUGAUUAUUACCAAAGUAUCUUUAAUUACGCCUUUGAUAUAAGAUUUUCUUUCUGCUAAUGGAUCUAUUCUCAGAUAUGUCAAUCAAUUUAUCAUAUAUAAGUCGAGGAAAACUAUCUUCACGACAUAGUAUUCGUUUGAAGAUAGUAGAGAGCAGUACUAAAUACGAAUUUUCUGUAUAUAACAUGGAAAUAAGAUGUUUAAGCGUUACCCGAAUUUGCGGAGUUUUUCUACUUAUUACUCAAUUAUGUAUAACCAUAUCUGCUAUGCAGAAAACUCCCGACGUUAACGAAUUCACUUUGGAAAAUCAAAGAACACAUAGACGACAGAAUUAUGUUAGAAAGAGAGCGAUGGAUGAUGGAAUGCCGACCAGUAUUGAUGAAUCCGAGGCAUAUUCUGUUGAUUACAUCGAUACUGAAACGAAUUUAGACGAACUACCGUCUCUAAUAGUUGACUAUGCGAAUAUGAUCAGAAACGAUAUUAUUUUAUUGGACAAUGUUGAAACAAGAUCUCGAAAGCGCGGCAAUUUAAAGUUUAAAAGGGACGAUCAAGUACCUUGCAGUUGUGAACGCAAACCGGACGAUAACGAAAAGGAGACAACAUUGAUUGACUUAGGUAUGGAAUAUUUCCCAAGAUACAUUGAAAAGAAAUUUUGUGCAAGUCUCUGCCCACCUUCAUAUAGAUGUCAAGAGAGUUUAUACAACCUAACGAUUUUAAAGAAGAAAGGAUCUCCAGAUAGGGAUGACGAAGUGUUACUUCAUUUAGACAUGCCACGAGAUCUCAAGAAUCAUUACGUGGCUAUAAGAAAGCCUAUUACCACUGGAUGUGUUUGUACCAGGGACUUUGUUGAGUACCACUGAAUUAUUCAAUGAAAUUUUAACAGAAUUGCUAUGUGAAUUGAUGAUGUAAU